GUCCAAUGAAUUUCUUCCAUGGUUUUUUCACCCUUUGGAUUCUAAGCAAUCAUAAACAAGUGAUGUGCACAAUCUUCCAUUAACAUUUUUAUAUGGAUCCUAAUUUCGCUAUCAAGUUUUCUUGAUAUCCAAUCCCAUCUAGCAUUGUCUUUUGAAUUCCAGCCAAGUUUUUAGUAGAUGUGAUGCUCGGUUGUUUGAACACCAGUCCCAUAUGGUCACAUCCUUUACAAAUUGGCAUGAAGCCACUUAAUCCAUAAUGUAUAAUUUUUAGUGUCUAUAUUUCAAAAUGUUUUAGCGAGCAAUGCAGAUUUCCAUAUUUUUGCAUCUUUUAGCUGUAAUCCUUUCUUCCUUCGGUUUACAAAUAUUUGCCCACACCACUUUGGCCCUUUUCCCAUCCGAGAGAAAAUUCUUGCAAGUAGUUACAAUACCUAUUAAUGAAUGUGGUAGGCAUCGGAAAGGAUUGUGCUCCUUGGACAAUUGCCAUGAUGAGCUCAACUCUCCCUGCGUAGGAUACAGAUUUAGUCUCCACUUGCCAGCAAAGCUAUCAAUCUUCUCAAUGAGUGGACAAAACUACGCAACGGACACUCUAAGUGGUUCCAAGGGAAAUCAAGGUAUCUUACUAGGAAACAAUACUCUUGAAACCCAUUAAUAACAACAAUAUCCUCCUAUUCUUGUCCAAACACAUCCGAUUUAUAAAAGUCAAUUGCAAGACCAAAAAACUCCCUAAACUCUUUCAAAUAACUCAUAAGCUUGUUUGCAUAGUUGAUAUUCCUCUAGCAUACAACAUAAGAUCAUCUGCAAAAACCAAGUGUGUGAUCCUAGCUGGACAUGUAUUUCAUACAAAGAAUAAACAAAGCGAGAGACAUGCACCUUUGAAAAAACUAUGUAAAACUCCAUCCAUAGGUGCAGGAAAGGAUGCAUUCGUACCACAUCUGAGAACCCAUAGUUUAGCAAAAUAGAUUUAAGGAACCCCCAAUCCACUGUGUAAUAUGCCUUCCUAAGGCAAGCUUUGAUAAGAUACCUCAGAGAUAUCCACUUUCUAGAUCUCAUUAGUUCUUGGGUCAAACAAAUAUCAUCAAACAACUCUCUCCCUUUCCCAAAAGCCACUUGAGCCGGGUCGAUCGAACUAGGUAGCAAGACAUUCAACCUCCCAAUUGCCGACAACCUUAUAUAAAACAUUUUUACAUGAUAUGGGUCUAAAAUUACUCACCUUAGGAUUCACGAUGGUUUUAGGGAUCACGGCCACUGUAGUAUGUUUUAUUUGUUUGAGAAGCUUCCCAGUUCCCAAACAAGAACUCCUGACUGCACUUGUAACAUCUCCUCCAACAACUUCCGAAUUCCUCUUGAAGGCACCUGCCGAAAACCCAUCAAGAGGAGUGGGGGUGGGGCUUUAUCAUCUUCAAGGCUAGAAAACUCCAUUUUUAUACAAGUACAUUUCAGUAAAUUAGAUGUGUAACUAAUUCAAAAUAUCUUUACUAUGUACAAAUGAAACAUUUUUAACAAACUAAGGGUCGAUCAAUGCUCAAGUUCGGCCAUAGGUGCACCCUUGUGUACUCAACAUACG